AUGUCUGGCGCAGCGGCGUUGAUGUAUCUGCUGUGCUUGGCUAUUUAUCGUGUGUAUCUUUCUCCGCUCUCUCGAAUACCAGGACCCAAGCUCGCCGCAUUGACCUACUGGUACGAGACCUACUAUGAAGUUUACAAGGGGGGGCAGUACUUUCGCGUUAUCGAUGACAUGCAUGCUAAAUAUGGCCCGGUUGUGCGAAUCACUCCGAAUGAGCUGCAUUUUGAUGAUCCAGAGUUCAAUGAUGUACUUUAUCCCAGUGCGGGUAAGAGAAAGAUAGACAGGCCCGAAUAUGCUGCGGCGAGGGCUGGGACUCCUGGAUCCAUUGUUGCCACCGCACAGCAUGAUGUCCAUCGACGACGCCGAAACGCGCUCAACUCUUUCUUUUCUGGUGCAAGCGUUCGCCGGUUGGAGCCCAUCAUCCAAGAGCACAUGGACAAGCUGCUAGUUCGGAUGCAAAAGUCCGGCGCACAAUGUCAAGUUAUUAAACCAUAUCACAUAUUUAAAGCGUGCGCGAGCGACAUUAUCACACUUUAUGCCUUUGGAGAUUCUUUCCAUUUUAUGGAUCGGCCUGAUUAUGGACAACCUUACUUCCGGGCAGGAGAGGCAUUUAACAGCAUGACGCACAUCUUCGGUGCUUUCCCAUGGCUGCUCACCCUCGCGACAACGGCGCCGGGAUGGUUAGUUAAGUAUCUCAAACCAGAGAUGACUGAGUUUGUGGACCGCCGAGAGUGGUGGACUCAGAAGGUCCGAGAAAUUAGAAAUUCUAAUGACCCAGAGCGAGCGAAGAAUACCAUCUUCGGGGGUAUACUAGAUAGUACUCUAUCGGCCGCGGAUAAGACGGACGAGAGAUUGGCAAAUGAGGCACAAUUGGUCGUCUUUGCUGGAGAAGGCACAACGGCGUAUACCCUCACAUCGGCUAUCUAUCAUCUGCUGGCAAAACCGGAGAUCCUACAGAAGGUCAAGGACGAGCUCGCCGCGGUGGUGGGUGAUGGGCGUCAGAUUCCAACGUUUCAAGAGCUCGACAGACUUCGAUACUUGAAUGCGGUGAUCAACGAGGUCAUCCGCUUACAUCCUGGCGCAAUGCACCGUCAAAUACGCGUCUGCCCCAACGACCCCAUCAUAUACAUAGACAGGGCACGAGGUGUAGAGCAUGUCGUCCCACCCGGGACAGUUUAUGCUAUAUCGCCUCUAACUAGCCAUAUGAACGGAAACGUAUUUAAAGACCCAUACGAGUUCAUCCCAGAGCGGUGGAUUGACCAUCCUGAAAUUUCAAAAGCAUUUAUGGGCUUCUCUCGAGGCACAAGAGCAUGUGUAGGAAUAACACUGGCUCGGCGUGAAUUGACAGCUACUUUGGCGACUAUAUUCAUCAAGUAUGACCUGUACCGCGGUCAACAAGGCCCAACUCUGGAACUCUACGAUACAGUCCGCGCAAGGGACAUUGAUGCAGCUAAGGACUAUAUCACCCCGCUGCCUGCCAAGGGAAGUUUGGGACUACGCGUAAGGAUCCGGAACUAA